AUGGAGAAGCUCUAUGUCAGCCCGCAACCUGACGAUUUCAACAUCGACGACAUCCUUUUCCAGCAAGGCCCGCGAAAGCGCCUAAAGCAAGACCCCGCGGCGCUCAAAGCCCAGCUCGAGAAAGACUUCCUCACCCCAUCGCCCAAGUUCUCAACUGAAUGGCUCAACCGUCUGCAGCAGCGAUGGGACUGUCCCACCUAUGUCACGGAUCUCUUCCGCAUCGCGCCCACCCAAACGAGGACAGUGACGCGGUUCAUGAGACAAGGGCUGGAGGGCAGAGUUACUGGCUAUAAGAAUGUCACGGUACCUGCGAACAGCGCCACAGCCAAGAACUCCACGAGCAUGAUGCGCAGACCUGCGGGCAAGGCGGACAUGAUCAGAGGCGCAGCUGGCUUCUUCCCUUUCGCGCCUGGUGGAUUGGAAGGGGUAGACUCCAUUGAUGCAGUUGAGGACCAAAUUCUGCGAUCUGGUGGUGUGGGUACGAGUGGGACAGGCAAUAAACUCGAGCGUGUCAUCAAGCUUGGUGCCGAAGGCGGCUUGCUCGAGGUUGCCCCUGGUCUGGAAAGAGGUAUCGACUUCAGCAAGAAGAAGAGCAAGGUCAGCGAGAAGGAAGCCAAGGCUAUCGAGGAAGAGCUGGGUCAAGAACCAGAAGACACGCCAGAAAAUAACGGCAAUAAUGGUGUCGGGACCAGCGGAGUCAACAAGGAUGACGACGAAGAGAAGGAAGAAGAUGGCGAGGAUAUCGAUGCUCUCCUUCCUGUCGAAUUCCCAGCUCUUGAAGCUCAUGGUAAUCUGAAGCCUUCUAGCGGUAGAAAGGCUGGGAGAGACUGGGCGCAUAUGGUCGACAUUAAUCGUGAUAUCACCAACUUUAGGGAAUUGGUUCCGAACAUGGCAAAGGAAUGGCCCUUCGAGCUCGACACCUUCCAAAAGGAGGCUAUUUACCACCUGGAAAAUGGAGACUCGGUAUUCGUGGCUGCUCACACCUCUGCUGGCAAAACGGUCGUGGCCGAGUAUGCCAUCUCUUUGGCCGCCCGGCACAUGACUAAGGCUAUCUACACUUCGCCCAUCAAAGCUCUGAGUAACCAGAAGUUCCGCGACUUCAGGCAGAUCUUUGACGAAGUCGGCGUCUUGACCGGAGAUGUUCAAAUCAAUCCUGAGGCUAGCUGUCUAAUCAUGACAACCGAGAUUCUCCGAAGUAUGCUCUACCGUGGUGCUGAUCUCAUUCGGGAUGUCGAGUUCGUCAUUUUCGACGAGGUUCAUUACGUCAAUGAUGCUGAGCGUGGAGUGGUAUGGGAGGAAGUCAUCAUCAUGCUACCCGAACAUGUGACGCUCAUUCUUCUCUCUGCCACUGUACCCAAUACCUUCGAAUUUGCUUCGUGGGUAGGAAGGACCAAACAGAAGGACAUCUAUGUCAUUUCCACUCCAAAACGACCAAUUCCUCUCGAGCACUACCUCUGGGCUGGCAAGGAUAUUCACAAGAUCGUGGAUCACGAGAAGAAAUUCAUCGAGAAGGGAUGGAAGGAAGCUGACCAGGCGUUGCGCGGCAAGGACAAGGUCGUCCCUCCGCCUGCUGCUCGAGGCGGCGCCAAUCAACGAGGAAGCCAACGAGGAGGCGCUCAGCGCGGUAGCCAGAAUCAAAGAGGCGGACAACGAGGCGGUGGUCAAGGACGCGGCCGAGGCGGACCUCCCAGAGCUGGCCAUGCCCCUGGCCAUAUGGGUAGAGCCGGUCGUCCAGGUGGAUUCACUUCCAUGGCCCAGGACAAGAACCUGUGGGUGCACAUGGUGCAGUUCUUGAAAAAGAAGGCUCUUUUGCCUGCGUGCAUAUUUGUCUUCUCCAAGAAGCGAUGUGAGGAGAAUGCCGAUGCUCUCAGCAACCAGGACUUUUGCACUGCGCAAGAAAAGAGUCAUAUUCAUAUGAUUAUAGAGAAGUCCCUGGCAAGACUCAGGCCAGAAGAUCGGGUGUUGCCUCAGAUUAUUCGUUUGAGGGAACUUCUCUCAAGAGGCAUUGCUGUGCAUCAUAGCGGGUUGCUGCCUAUCGUCAAGGAGUUGGUCGAAAUCUUAUUUGCGCAAACCCUGGUGAAAGUGCUCUUUGCUACCGAGACGUUCGCCAUGGGACUAAACCUACCGACCAGAACGGUCGUCUUUUCAGGGUAUAGGAAGCACGAUGGACAUUCGUUCCGCAACCUGUUACCUGGAGAGUACACUCAGAUGGCAGGUCGUGCGGGUCGUCGAGGUCUGGAUACCGUUGGUUCGGUCAUUAUUGUCCCACCUGGCGGAGGUGACGAGGCACCCCCUGUUGCUGAUCUGCAGAAGAUGAUCCUGGGCGAGCCUAGCAAGCUGCGUUCCCAGUUCAGACUGACGUACAAUAUGAUUCUCAACCUACUGCGGGUAGAGGCUCUCAAGAUCGAGGAGAUGAUUAAGCGCAGCUUCUCUGAGCAUGCUACCCAGCAACUGUUGCCCGAACACGAGAAGGGUGUCAAGAUUGCCGAAGCCGAUCUGGCCAAGAUCAAGCGCGAUACUUGUGACAUAUGCGACCCGACCAUAGAGCAGUGCCACCAAGCUGCCAUGAACUACAGGCAGCUCACCCAAGAUCUCUACAAGGGGUUGCUGACAAUUCCCAUUGGCCGCAAAAUGUUUUCCAAAUCGCGCCUUAUUGUCUUCAACAAGGAUGGUGUUCGAACCCCCGGGAUUCUACUUGCCGAUGGUGUGAGCAAGAAAAUCAUGGGCAGCCAACCAACCGUCCAUAUCUUCGAGAUCCGAACCCUGCGCGAAACUCGCGAUUCAACCGAUCUACUCCCCUUCCUACCCGCUUUCAGGUCACACUUCACGGCGUUGCCGCAGGCCAAGAGGCACGUUCAGUUUAGAACAUUACACGUGCCGCUGAGCGACGUCGAAUGCCUGACCACGAAGGUGACAAGGGGGAUUGUGCCGGAGAUUUUUGAAGGUGGUGAGGGCUAUGUCAAGGCCAAGGACCGUAUCCACGGUUUGUGUAGGUCGUGGGACAACGACUGGUGGAACGAAAUGGAUCUAUCCAAGGUCAAGAGCUUGCCUCUUCAGGAGAUUAUGGAGAAGAGGGCCAAGGAGGAAUCUGAAGCGGGCAAUUUCGCACCGCAAUGGUGCAAAGACUUCUUGAAACAUUUCGCAAUGUGCCACGAUCAAUGGCUCAUCAAGGAGCAUAUUAUCUCGCUCCGCCAAUCCCUCUCAGACCAAAACCUCCAACUCCUCCCCGAUUACGAGCAGCGUAUCCAAGUGCUCAAAGACCUAUCCUUCAUCGACGAGAACUCACGCAUCCUACUGAAGGGCAAAGUCGCCUGCGAGAUACACAGCGCCGACGAGCUCGUCCUCACGGAGCUCAUCCUCGACAACGUCCUCGCUGACUACGAACCGCCGGAGAUUGCCGCCCUCCUCUCGGCCUUCGUCUUCCAGGAGAAAACCGACUCAGUCCCCAACUUGACGGGCAACCUGGAGCGCGGUAUGAAGACCAUCAUCGAGAUAUCCGAAAAGGUGAACAACAUCCAGACGUUGCACCAGGUGAUCCAGUCUUCCGAGGACAGCAAUGAUUUCGUAUCGCGCCCACGCUUCGGACUCAUGGAGGUGGUAUACGAGUGGGCCAGGGGCAUGAGUUUCAAAAACAUUACGGAUUUAACGGACGUGCUCGAAGGAACGAUCGUACGCGUUAUUACGAGGCUCGAUGAGACUUGUCGCGAGGUGAAGAACGCGGCGCGAAUUAUUGGUGAUCCCGCUUUGUACCAGAAGAUGGAGAAGGCGCAGGAGGGGAUUAAGAGGGAUAUUACGGCUGUGGCGAGCUUGUACAUGUGA